CUAGAAUUCGCCAUUUAUUUAUGGAUUUUGUUGAAAAAUAAACUAAAGGUUGAACCAGAGAACAGAGUUGCAAGUAAAAAAAUUUGUUUUUCAUGUUUUGACAUGAUUUACAUAUAUCUCCAGUUCGUUUCAAAAAUAUACGCAAUAAGAUAAAACGAUGGAUUAUCGCAAUAAAUACAUGUAAUAUAUUGUAUAUUAUUUCAGAGAUACUGGAUACAAUUUUUUACGCAAAUAAAUAAAUAUAUCUUCUAUCAAAAAGCAAACGUAGUUAUAUACGUAUACUUUAAGAUUUGAGUGCUAAACUGCGUAUAGCUUUAUAGCUUUUGCGUCGCUCCUGAAGCUUCUCGGCUUUGCCACAAAAAUGUUGACGCGCAGUAGCGCUGCGGUCGUUUUUAUUCGAAUAAGAGAGUAUUUCUGUUUAGCAUUAUUGCAAAAUAUUGAGCGAUUCAAACCAUUUAUAACAACAGUUAAAAUAUUAAGAAAAAGUAAUCCAACAUUAUACAAUCAUUUAUAAUCAUUAAAACUUCGUUUAAUACAAUAGAAAUCCAUGGAAGCUAGGUCAUUUCUGGAACGCGCGCUCGAGAAGGUUCCAGUAUCGACUGGGCAGUCGGUCUCGGGUAUAUAAGCGCAGCGCGCCGCGGAGAGCGCCAGUACAUGAAAAACAAUCAAGCGAAUAACUUCGAAGUGAAUAGUCAGAGAAAUAACCAAAACACAAACAAAAUGCCUGCAAUUGGUAUUGACUUGGGAACUACUUACUCCUGCGUUGGAGUAUGGCAACAAGGAAAAGUGGAAAUCAUCGCCAACGACCAGGGCAACAGGACGACACCCAGCUACGUUGCCUUCACGGACACGGAGCGCCUCAUCGGCGAUGCCGCCAAAAACCAGGUGGCAUUGAACCCCGCUAACACAGUCUUCGACGCCAAGAGGCUUAUCGGCAGAAGGUUCGACGACGAGAAGAUCCAAAACGACAUCAAACACUGGCCCUUCAAAGUCGUCAACGAAGGCGGUAAGCCCAAGAUCGAGGUCGAGUUCCGCGGCGAGAAGAAGAGGUUCAAUCCGGAGGAGAUCAGCUCGAUGGUCCUGACAAAAAUGAAGGAAACAGCCGAAGCGUUUUUGGGGCAGAAGGUGAAAGACGCGGUUGUCACAGUGCCCGCGUACUUUAACGACUCGCAGCGUCAGGCCACCAAAGAUGCUGGAGCGAUCGCCGGUCUCAACGUUCUCAGGAUCAUCAACGAGCCGACAGCCGCGGCGCUCGCCUACGGUCUCGACAAAAAUCUCAAAGGCGAGAAAAACGUUCUUAUCUUCGAUCUUGGCGGAGGUACCUUCGACGUGUCCAUCCUGACCAUCGACGAAGGGUCUCUCUUCGAGGUGAAAGCCACGGCGGGAGACACUCACCUCGGAGGCGAAGAUUUCGACUCGAGACUUGUUGACCACCUCUGCAAAGAAUUCGAGAGGAAAUACAAGAAGAACAUCAAAUCUAAUCCGAGGGCCCUCCGACGUCUGAGAACAGCGGCAGAACGUGCCAAGCGUACCCUGUCGUCCAGCACGGAGGCUUCCAUCGAAAUCGACGCACUCUUCGAUGGGGUUGACUUCUACACCAAAGUCUCCAGGGCACGCUUCGAGGAGCUCUGCGCUGACCUGUUCCGCUCCACUCUCGAACCAGUGGAGAAGGCCUUGGCUGACGCCAAGUUGGAUAAGCGAUCGAUCCACGACGUCGUCCUCGUAGGAGGUUCAACUCGCAUCCCGAAAAUCCAGUCCAUGCUGCAGAACUUCUUCUGUGGCAAGCAGUUGAACUUGUCCAUCAAUCCCGACGAGGCAGUCGCCUACGGCGCAGCAGUGCAAGCAGCUAUUCUGACUGGCGAGGGUGGCAAGAACUCAACCCUCCAAGACGUUCUGCUGGUAGACGUUGCACCUCUGUCCCUCGGCAUCGAGACCGCCGGAGGAGUCAUGACCAACAUCAUCGAGCGCAACGCCCGAAUUCCAUGCAAACAGUCGCAGACCUUCACUACGUACUCGGACAACCAACCGGCUGUUACCAUCCAAGUGUACGAGGGUGAGCGAGCCCUGACUAAGGACAACAACCAUCUUGGUCGCUUCGAACUCAGCGGUAUCGCACCGGCGCCCCGUGGCGUGCCAAAGAUCGAUGUCACCUUCGACAUGGAUGCCAAUGGUAUCCUGCACGUCACUGCCAAAGACACUGCCAGCGGUCGCAGCAAUAACAUCCGCAUUACCAACGACAAGGGACGCCUGUCGCGGGAGGAGAUCGACAAGAUGCUGGCAGACGCCGAGCGAUACCGCUCUCAGGACGAGGAGCAGCGCGAGAAGGUCUCUGCCCGCAACCAGAUCGAGAGCUACGUGUUCUCGGUUAAACAAGCAGUCCAGGACAGCGGCGACAAACUCACGCAAUCCGACAAGGAUAGCGUGCUGAGCUUGUGCGACGAGACCAUCCGCUGGCUCGACAACAACACCUUGGCCGAGAAAGAUGAGUACAAAGACAAACUGGAGGAGCUCCAAAGACAAUGCGGACCUAUCAUGACCAAGAUCCACACCGGAGGUGCAUCUGGACCCCAAGAUUGUGGAAACCAGUAUAGACAAGAGGCUGGUGGAAACUCAGGACCAACUGUUGAAGAAGUUGAUUAAAGAGAAAAUGUAAUAUAAGUCACAAAGUAGAUUGUAGUAAUUUAAUUUUUACAUUCCAAUGAGACUGAUGAUUUAUUUUUUAAAAAGACGAAUUAGUUUGUAAAAUUUUUGUGUGAUUUGAGUUCCUAUCUGCGCACUGGAGAUCAGACUAAACAUAUUAUUUUGUAUUAAAUUAUUAAAUGUAAAUACUUGUUAUUUAUAGAUAAAUAAAAAGCUUUAAUUUAUUUA